AUGGCCAUCUGCUGCGGGCAGACCGAAGUGAUCAGUGAACUGGGUUACGAAAACAUAGACUCUCAGAGUGGUGCCUUCUCCCGCCCCGCCGUUGUCCCGCUCCCCUCCGGCCGCCUGCCCCGCGCUGCCCCGUCCGGCGGCACCGCCCCGCAGCACCCGCGGCCGGGCGGGGCCCCCGAGCCGCCCUUAAAGCCCGUCCGCCCGCGGCCGCCUCCUUCCUUCCCUCCAUCCCUCCAGCUCCCCCGCUCCGAGCACCCCGCCAGGACCGCGCCGGCGGCACGGGUAGGUGCUGCGGGGCGGGAGGGGGUGUGGGGAGACAGCCCGAGAGGUGGCAGGGCGCUGGAUGGAGGGUCCCCGAGCCUCCCACCUCUGACCCGAGUGCCUGUGCUAAGCUGUGAGCAGCCCGUUGAGGGGUACCGGGACCUCAGGGCUGGUUCUGCUGCUUCGGGAAAUGCUGACAUCCAUUAUGUGGGCACGGGGUCUUUAUCUGAAACAAUACAAAGUCAGCCUUUGAGCCUGUCCCCUCAGCUGAGCAAAUCAUGCAGUACACUGCUUGGAGGCUGCCAGGAGCAGAGAAUCUGCUGUGAGCAACUGGAACUCACUUCAGGGCUGCAAGCAGCUGCCUGCUUGCUGACCUCGCCAGGCUGCUUUGGCUACCCCUUGAGCAUCUUCUUCAUCGUUGUCAAUGAGUUCUGCGAGCGGUUCUCCUACUAUGGCAUGCGAGCGGUGCUCGUUUUGUAUUUCAAAUAUUUCUUGCAAUGGGAUGAUAACUUGUCUACAGCCAUCUACCACACCUUUGUUGCUCUGUGCUACUUGACACCCAUCCUUGGAGCCAUCAUUGCAGACUCUUGGCUGGGCAAGUUUAUGACCAUUAUCUCCCUGUCUAUUGUCUAUACGAUUGGGCAGGCAGUCAUAUCUGUGAGCUCCAUCAACGACCUGACAGAUCACAACAGGGAUGGCUCUCCCGAUAGCAUAUCAGUACACAUUGCUUUAGCCAUGAUUGGCUUGAUCCUCAUUGCACUUGGUACUGGUGGAAUCAAACCUUGUGUGUCAGCAUUUGGUGGAGAUCAGUUUGAAGAUCAUCAGGAAAAACAAAGAACUAGGUUCUUCUCUAUCUUUUACUUGUCCAUUAAUGCUGGAAGUCUCAUAUCUACUAUAAUCACCCCAAUUCUCAGAGCUCAAGAAUGUGGCAUUCAUAGCAAACAGCGAUGCUACCCACUAGCUUUUGGAGUUCCUGCUGUGCUCAUGGCUACUUCCUUGGUUGUGUUUCUAGUUGGAAGCAGAAUGUACAAGAAAGUUAAACCUCAAGGAAAUAUAAUGAUUGAAGUUUCCAAAUGCAUUGGAUUUGCCCUCAAAAACAGGUUUCGGCAUCGUAGCAAGCAGUUCCCCAAGAGAGAGCACUGGUUGGACUGGGCGAGUGAGAAGUAUGAUAAACGACUGAUUACUCAGGCUAAGAUGGUGUUGAAGGUGCUUUUCCUUUACAUCCCUCUGCCCAUGUUCUGGGCACUUUUUGACCAACAGGGGUCAAGAUGGACACUGCAAGCCACAACAAUGGAUGGCGAUUUUGGAUCUGUUCAGAUUCAGCCAGACCAAAUGCAGACUGUGAAUCCAAUCCUGAUUAUUAUAAUGGUCCCAGUUGUAGAUGUUGUGAUCUAUCCUUUAAUCAAGAAAUGCGGGAUCAACUUUACGCCCCUGAGGAAGAUCACUGUUGGCAUGUUCCUUGCAUCUUUGGCUUUUGUUGCUGCUGCUCUUGUGCAAGUGCAAAUAGACAAAACGCUUCCAGUUUUCCCUACAGCUGGGCAAUCCCAAAUCAAAAUAAUAAAUCUAGGUAAUGCGAGUGCAACAGUUCACUUUGAACCUCAACUUCAGGAUGUGACUGUUGGACCUCUGGGGUCGACGGGCUACAUGACUUUUGAGACUUCUCAGUUGCAAGUAAACGUGAUUUCUGGAGGCUACUCUACAACUAAAGAUUUUGGGUUCCCACAUGGAAACCGUCACACUCUUGAAGUUAAAAAUAACGGAACAGGCGUCAUUGCUGAAUGGCUCUCAGACAAUGUCACAUCAAAACCAGAAGAAGGAAAUAAUCUCAUCAGGUUCAUAAACAAUUUCGGUGAGGAUAUCAAUGUCACUAUGGGUGAAACUUCCUUUGGAAGGCUGUCAUCUCUUGCUGCCAGUAAUUACACACUCUUUACAGGAGGAAGAACAGAUAGUAUUACGGUUAUUGGAAAUUCAACCUCUUGUUCAGUUAAGUCAGAGUCACUUGGAUUUGGCAGUGCCUAUACAAUUCUAAUUAACCAGUGUACUGGAGGUACUCUUAAUGUAACAUAUUCUGAAGAUAUCCCACCAAAUACAGUCCACAUGGCUUGGCAGAUCCCUCAGUAUUUUAUUCUCACAUGUGCAGAAGUAGUCUUCUCUGUCACUGGGCUGGAGUUUUCAUACUCACAGGCCCCAUCUAAUAUGAAGUCAGUACUGCAAGCAGGAUGGUUGCUGACAGUGGCUGUCGGUAACAUAAUUGUCCUUAUUGUGGCUGGAGCAUCCAAACUGAGUGAGCAGUGGGCAGAAUACGUGCUGUUUGCUGGCUUGCUGUUGGCAGUUUGCAUCAUUUUUGCUGUCAUGGCUUAUUUUUACACCUAUGUUGAUCCAAGUGAGAUUGAAGCCCAAAUGGAUAAGGAAGAAAAGGAAAAAGUCAAAAAGGAUCAAGAUAACUAUGAAAAGCAAGGCGAAGUUGUCUCUCGGAUGUAG